GUAAGGUGCGUCAUUGCGAUCCUUCAUACUUUAGUCAGCUGUCAUGGGGCAUUUCCACUGCCGCCAUGCGAAUAGUUUUCUUAUCUGCGGUGUGAUUUUCACAUUUUUUAGUUUUGCAGCUAGCAGAUUUGAACUUCCAGACUACAGUCAAUAUGAAGUCUGUUCAACGGAGGGUGAUUUUUGUCUACCACUGAAUCAGUGUCCAUUCUACAAUGCGGACGAUUUCAAACAAGAGAACAAUAAGCCACCGGUGUGUGGCUUCAACGGCACUGAACCCAUUGUGUGCUGUACUACAGAUUUAUCAUCAAUUCUCAUGCACAAAGACAACAUGCGUACAGUUUCUGGACAAAGUGCGUAGGCUUCCAUUAAUUUCAUUAAUUAAAUAUUUAGUAGUGAUGAAUGAUGAGUAACUUUUACCAUCUA